UGCCCGCUCUCUCUCUGAACAGGCCAGCACGCGGGCUUUGCCGCUCCGAUUGUUGUGUCGAGUGUUGAACUUUCGUCUUUUUCUCUUCGUCCGCUUUUCCUCCAAAACAAGACGAAGAUGGCGGACUCUCAAGAGGACAAGCUCUACAAGGCCGAGUACGCUAAGAGCGGCCGCGCGUCGUGUAAGAAGUGCAAGGAAAACAUCGCCAAAGACUCGCUCCGAAUGGCCAUCAUGGUGCAGUCACCAAUGUUUGAUGGCAAGGUUCCACAUUGGCAUCACUUCUCUUGCUUCUGGCUGCGAGCGGCGGCCCAGUCCCCUUCCGACAUCGACGGCUUCUCCGCCCUUCGCUGGGAAGACCAGGAGAAAGUCAAGAAGGCCAUCGAAAGCGGCGGAACUGCAGGAGGAGGAAAAGGGGCUAAGAAAGGCGGCGGCGGCGCGCAAGCAGAGAAGACGCUCAACGGCUUUGCCGUGGAAUACGCCAAGUCCAACCGCAGCACAUGCAAGGGCUGCGAGUUGAAAAUAGAAAAGGAUCAGAUCCGCGUGUCGAAGAAGACGGUGGAUCCGGAGAAGCCCCAGCUGGGCCUGAUCGACCGCUGGUACCACACGGCCUGCUUCGUGGGCCGCAGGGAGGAGCUGGACUUCAAGCCGGAGUACAGCGGCGCCCAGCUCAAGGGCUUCAACGCGCUCAAGGCCGAAGACAAGGAGGAGCUCAAGAAGAGGCUCCCGGCAGUCAAAGCGGAAGGAAAGCGCAAAAACGAAGAGUUGGACGGAGUGUCAAAGAAGCAGAAGAAGGAGGAGGAUGCGGAAAAGAAAAAAUUGGACGCUCAGUUGAAGGACCAAAGCCAGCUGAUCUGGAGCAUUAAAGACAAACUGAGGAAGCAUUGCUCCAUCAAUGACAUGAAGGAGCUGCUCAUUGCUAACGGCCAGGAGGUUCCUUCGGGAGAGUCCAACGUUGUGGACAGCUUGGCCGACGGCAUGGCCUUCGGCGCGCUGGAACCCUGCAAGGAGUGCUUUGGCCAGUUGGUCUUCAAGGGCGAUGCCUAUUACUGCUCCGGGGACAUCUCGGCCUGGACAAAGUGCGUGUACAGAACCACCAAACCCCAACGCAAAGACUGGCUCACCCCCAAGGAAUUCCACGAGGUUCCUUUCCUCAAGAAGUUCAAGUUUGAGCGUCAGGACAGAGUUUACCCCAAGGAGGCGGCACCCGCUCCGAGCCAAGCCGCGCUCAAAGCCGAGCCUCUGGCUGGCGUCUCCGGCGUCCCCGCUGUGCCGCUGCCGGGGGGCGGCCCUCCCGACAAACCUCUCAGCGGCAUGAAGCUGCUGACUGUCGGCAAACUGUCCAAGAAUAAAGAUGAGGUCAAGGCCGCCGUGGAGCAGCUAGGGGGGAAGAUCGGCACGGUGGCCAACAAGGCUUCUCUCUGCAUCAGCACCAAGAAGGAGGUGGAGAAGAUGGGCAAGAAAAUGGAGGAGGCCAAGGAGGCGGGCGUGCGCGUGGUCUCCGAGGAGUUCCUCACCGACGUCAAGUCGUCGGGCAAAGCGCUCGGGGAGCUGGUCUCCCUGCACGCCAUCUCCCCGUGGGGGGCCGAGGUCAAGGUGGAGGCGCCCGCCGCCGCACCCUCCAAGUCGGGGGCCGCUGCUUCUUCCAAGAGCGCCGGCAGAGUCAAAGAGGAAGAAGGUAAGAGCAAAGCCAAGAAGAUGAAAUUGACAGUCAAAGGAGGUGCUGCCGUCGAUCCGGACUCAGGUCUGGAGAACAGUGCUCACGUUUUGGAGCAGAACGGCAAAAUGUACAGCGCCACACUGGGCCUGGUGGACAUCAUGCGGGGAACCAACUCCUACUACAAACUGCAACUGCUGGAGGAUGACGUACAGAAAAGGUACUGGGUGUUCCGCUCCUGGGGCCGGGUGGGCACCACCAUCGGGGGUAACAAGCUGGACAAAGUCGGCGACAAGAACUCGGCGCUCGACAAUUUCCUGUCGGUGUACAAAGAAAAGACGGGCAACGAAUGGGGCGCCUCCAACUUCACCAAGUACCCCAACAAGUUCUACCCGCUGGAGAUCGACUACGGACAGGACGAAGAAGCCGUGAAGAGGCUGACGGCCACGGCGGGAACCAAGUCCAAGCUGGCCAAACCUAUCCAGGAUCUGAUCAAGCAGAUCUUUGAUGUGGAAAGCAUGAAGAAGGCCAUGGUGGAGUUUGAGAUUGACCUCCAGAAGAUGCCGCUGGGAAAACUGAGCAAGAGACAAAUCCAGAGCGCUUACGCUCUCCUCACUGAAGUGCAGCAGGCGGUGUCGGACAACGCGGCCGAGUCGCACGUUUUGGAUUUGUCCAAUCGCUUCUACACGCUGAUCCCGCACGACUUUGGCAUGAAGAAACCGCCGCUGCUCAGCAACCUGGACUACAUUCAGGCGAAGGUUCAGAUGCUGGACAACCUGUUGGACAUCGAAGUGGCUUACAGUCUGCUGAGAGGAGGAGCGCAGGACAACCAGAGCGACCCCAUCGAUAUCAACUACGAGAAGCUCAAGACCGACAUUGAGGUUGUGGACAAAGGCACGCCGGAGGCUGACAUCAUUCUGCAAUAUGUUAAGAACACGCACGCAGCCACGCACAACACGUACACGCUGGAAGUACAAGAGAUUUUCAAAAUCAAGCGCGAGGGAGAGCGCCAGCGCUUCCGGCCCUUUGAGGAGCUUCACAAUCGCCAGCUCCUGUGGCACGGCUCGCGCGCCACCAACUAUGCUGGCAUCCUGUCGCAGGGUCUUCGUAUCGCCCCCCCGGAAGCCCCGGUGACGGGUUACAUGUUUGGCAAAGGCGUCUAUUUUGCCGACAUGGUGUCCAAGAGCGCCAACUACUGUCACACCUCGCAGUCGGACCCCGUCGGCAUUCUGCUGCUCGCCGAGGUCGCCCUCGGCAACAUGCAUGAACUGAAAAAGGCCUCCCACAUCGCUAAACUACCAAAAGGCAAACACAGCGUUAAAGGUUUGGGCCGAACCGCUCCCGAGUCGACCGCCACCGCCACUUUAGACGGCGUGGAAGUACCUCUGGGGAAAGGGGUCAACACCCACAUCGACGACACCAGUCUCCUCUACAACGAAUACAUUGUGUACGACGUAGCCCAAAUUAACCUCAAGUAUCUCCUGAAGAUUAAGUUCAACUACCAAACAUCCUUGUGGUGAGCCGCGGAGACCUGAGCGAAACAGCAUCCGGGGCCCUCGCUAUGAUUCCCGUCACUUUACGCUAGGUCUACCUGCUAACGGGUCUGGCUUUGUAUCCGGCCGGGUAGGUACUUUGAAUGACGCGUUUCCAGUUCAACGUGGGUAGUCGGUUUUUUGGUUUCUUGUUGGAAAGGUGACAAUUAGGAGAUUAGGUUUAGGGAAGUCGUGGGAACCGGUGAGAGCGUUUGAGCCGACCAACUGACGCCCCCCCAAAAAAACAAUAUCAUAUUAGAGUCACUGCAAA